AUGAAAACAGAAUCAGAUAAUGAAAUAGAGACUCUAUAAACAAUGUGGAAAAACAUUAAGUAUCAAGAUAUCUAAUAAAUAGACAACGCAUGGAAUCCAAACACGAUGAUUCAGAUAUUUUGCAAUAGCCUCCACAACAAAUUACAAUUAAUAGCCCAUACGCAGCUAAGAAUUAUCAAGUGCAGAUUUAAGCUUUGCAAGACGAAUUGUUUUAAAAAAAUACUAAACUAAUAACUGCUCAAUAGUAACUGAAUCAAAUUAGCGAUGAAAAUUCAUAAUUGCAGGAUGAAUUGGAGUAAGUGAAAGUUGAAAAUUCGUUAAUGAAAUAGAAGUUAGAGUUGAUUGAAUCCUAAAUAGAUUCUAUCUAAGCGGACAAAGACAGUCUGAAAUUAAUAAGAUUAGAGAACGAAUAGUUGAGAAUGGAUGUAAAAAAAUUGCUUGAAUUAUUAAGAAAUACAAAAGAAUACAAUAACAUAGGUUUUGAUGAAAGUCAAUCUUAUGUUAAAGGUAGUGUCAAAUUUGACACUAGAAAGUCCAAGUUAAAUGAAACGUAUAUAUUUAUGACAGCAUAUUCAUAGAAAUUGGGUACCCACUAAAUGCAUUGAAUUGAUGUAGGAUUAUGACAAUAAGGAAGAAGUCUUGUUACAAUUAAGUAGCUAAUUUCAAAAUUGCUACUAAGAUAAAAUAAAUAGAUUGAAAUAGUCAUCUUAAUAGGAAAUUGAAUAAUUAAAAAGGUAAUUAGAUAGCAGAACAACAGUCGAUGGAGUGUUAUAAUAAAAGUAAAUAGAAAGACUGAAAAAAUAAAAAAAUGCAAGUGGCAAAGAUAAAGUGGACAUCUCCUAAUUGCAGGAUUGUUUUAACUUGAUCAAAUAAAAGGAAUAGUAGAUCUUAGAACUUUAGUAAAAGAUCCAAGAAAUGAGUUAGUAAAUGAAUGCAGAUGAAAAUUACAGCAGUAUGAAAAAGCAAGUAUUCAUAGAAGGGGCUUAAUGGAUAUGUAUUAAAUAAUCAAACUAUAAAUAGUGGCUAAAAUAAUGGAUGAAGCAGUUGCCUAUGAAAUCAGUUUGAAUGAAUUGAACUAUGAUGUAGCAAUCAAAAUAGAAAGUCUAAUGAGUUCGGAGGAUAUUGUUUAAUAAUAAAUCAUAAACAAAGUUUAUUAUUGGAUAACCGAUACUUCAAGAGAGUUAAUUGACACAUUCAAAGAUAAGUUAUAAUCAAUUAUGAAUACUACAAAUAGUAGAAUAUAAUAGUUAUGA